AUGCAUUUUUUUCUGCAUGUUGCAACUGCAGCACUUUUUGCAAGUGAACUAGUUCUUGUUGCUGCUCAAGGUGCACAAUGCUUCAGCCUAAAGACCUCGACUGCCUGUGGCGAGUUUUCUGACUUUAGCAUUCUACCAGAUACUGGAGUACCUCAGCGAUUCCGCGACAUUGCUACAUUUGACCAGUACGUUCUAAAAACGAUUGGAACAAACCUCGACUUUCAAAAGUUUUUCAAAUCUCGCUACUCAUGCCCGACUUGGGAUGGAACUGGCCUGAGAUACCCACGAUCUUUUUUUUGUGGGUUUUUGGUGGACGCCUCUUUGCAGCUGGGGUGUGCUAAACCUGCUGCUGGCAAACCACUAUGUAAGACGACUGCAGACGAGACAGUUGCUUCAUAUCAGUCUAUUUUUUCAAAUGCCAGCUUCUGUCCAGUAGGCACCCCACAUACUCUGGAUGCCCAAACUACAGGAUAUGCAUCAAAUCUUACUACAGCAGACGGAUGCGUUGUUGCUGUUCAAUCGGAAUUGUCCAUGUGUGGAUUCGCCUUGAAGACGGAAGCUGCUACUUAUUGUGGAGUUCCUGCUAAUGCCGGAAGUGCCUGUUGUACAUCUGCCAUAGCUGCUGGAAAUGUUCUUGCUUCUGCUUCUGUUUCUUCUGUCUCGACCAACCCUUCAUCUAGCUCAGUCAGUCCUUCUGCCAGUAAUGUUGCUACUGAUCAAUCUUCUGCUGAUUCUCGUAGUAGUAAUUCAGGCGUUUCGAUUUCCGAAGGCAUGCGUCCAAUUGUUAUUGGUGCUAGCGCAGCUGGCGUUGCUAUUAUUGCUGCCACUAUUCUUGCAAUUGUCUUUCUUCGCAAACGAAAGACCAAAUCAAAGGCUCUGGAACCCAAUUUCUCGGAAACUGUUCAAGUUGCCGAAACCAUGCAGGUUAUUUAUGACUAUGCUGCUAAUCUCUUUGACGAACUUGAGCUCCAUAUUGGAGAUCACAUUAUUGUCAAGUGCAAAUUCGAUGACGGGUGGGCAUUUGGUUUUAACAUGUCCACCAAGCAAGAAGGCAGCUUCCCCAUGGCCUGCAUUAGCCCUAUUCAGGCAUCUCACGAUUCAUUGCCGCCUCUACCUACAGACGUAUUUAACGAUCGCAUUAAUCAGCGUGCCUCGUCACUCUAUGCUCCAAGCCAAGCCAUUCAAUACUAAAUAUGGCAUUUUUUAUUCUACAUCAAAACGUCACCUGCAUAAUAUUCUGACACGAUAUAGAAUAGUAUGGACAUCAAAGUGGUUUUAAAACCACAAUUUAUUGUGGCGAUGGGAGCACAAAUUGCCGUUCUUUGUAUAGCGCAACCUUUUGCAGAUGUUAUUUUGGACAAAAUGAACCUAUAGAUCCUUGUUU